AUGGAUUUCUCAAAGAGCAGCAAGACGGCUCUGCAAUGGGCUAUUGACAACUUGGGUGAAAGAGCUCUCAUUCCUCUGGUCGAGAUAAUCUUUGUUACGAAACUGUAUUGGGGAGACGCAAGAGAGAAGCUGUGUGAAGCUAUUGAAGAUCUGAAGCUAGAUUCAUUGGUCAUCGGAAGCAGGGGACUUAGCACCAUCAAAAGAAGAGGAUAUGUGUGUGUUUUGAAGGUUGAGAAGCGCUUUGGUAAUGCUUCACUCAUGGAAUCAGUGAUGAAGCACUUUG